AUGGGCUAUAAUGCACACAGCCCACUAGCUUCUACACCUCCUGCUAUUCUAUCCACCACGUCCAGACCCCCAUCUGCCAGUACUUCAAAUUCUCGUAGCACUUCUGCAUUUUAUCAGCCUCCAUCUGCAUUUUCCCAGCCAAAUAGAGCCCCUCACCUUCCCCCUGUUGCAGAGUCACCUCUGGCACAAUUUUCUCGCCCUGCACCUCUGCUUACUACUCGCAUGCCUGCUACUUCGUCAUCUUCCCAGCCUGCUAUAUCUUCAUUGUCGCCACCUGCAAGUUCUUGGCCAUCUCUUCUGCACUACGCCCCAAUCGCUACUCCAUAUUCUCGUAAUCCACGCUUUAGUGCCACUCAAGUUUCACCCGGUUUUAGUGUACCUCACGCAGGCAUUCCAAUGUCGACUACAGCUGGUCGCAGUCGCGUUCAUUCUAAUAGGAAAACCACCAUGCCAUACAGUGUCUCCAAACCAGUGAAGCAGGUCUCCAAGAAACAGGUUGAUAUUGUCAUUUUCCCUAAUGAUAUUCACGCUGCACCUGCAGCUCCUGACAGUAUUGACAACAUCUUUGAGGAUACUUACCUUCAUUUUCCCCACCGCAUUCAUGUUGGGGAGCGACUCGCCUCUGACCUGAAUGGCCUGCAAGAUUUUGGCCUCGUGCACCGCAUAACUCUUACUGCAUCCUCACACAAUGAAAUCAUAAUGAACCAAGUGUAUAAUUCUGUUCUUGCCAUCUCAACGUCUCACAACAUCCAAUUUCCCCCAGAGCCUGAAUGCUCUUUUGAUCUUGAUGCAUCUGCGCCCAACCACGAGUUUCAGAUCCAGUUUCAACAUCUUCCAUUUCGCCUUCUUAAGAUCGGCUACCAGAUGCCUAAAGGGCACUAUCUGUCCUUUGACGCCACUGAAACAUGGCAAGACUAUACCUUUCAUGCGCUAUCCAAACGUGUCAAUCAAAUCCAGCACCCCACCGAUCCCAAUGUAGGACUGCUUAUUAUCUGUCCUAAGUAUGGGCCUCUUAUUGGACCCAUCCAGCAGCACAGCACCCAGCAUCAUAUGUGUUUUGCCAAUCGAGCAUUCAAAAUCCUCAUUGAUGCAGAUGAGGAAGAGUUAGAGUAUCAAGGCUUGGAACCUGGCGACACUAUUCCUGUUGAGUGUAAGGCAUUCUGCCCAUUGACAGCUGGCACAAGCCGACGCUCUCGACCGGCUCGGGCUCCUGUUCCUAGUCCGAUUGAUAGCGAUGAAGAUUUGUAUGCACCUCUGACAAUUCCCAGUACUCCUGACAAUCAGCCCAAUGUGCUUCCCAGUAUAUCCUCUCCAGCUACCUCACUUUCGUCUAUCUCAAGUCCUUCACUUAAUUCCCUGCCAGCCCUUGUGAACCCUCAGACGUCUUUCCCUACUGUCAUCGACCUGACACUGCCAUCCCCCAAUCAUUCCUCGCACUCACCCCCACAUUCACCCAUUGUUCACCAUCACUCUGUAUAUGUGUCACCCACUCCGCCUCCUUAUGAGACCUUACUCAAGGUCAAUAAUGCCAUAAUGACAGCCUUUGACAGCGAAGUCGAGCACAGCAUGGUCCAUGUCCAUGGUCCAACUGUCAAAGCCUGUGCAGAGGGCUUGAUAGAUUUUUUAUGUCAACAGCAGCGCAAUUCCGACACACCAUAUGCACGCUCCUACUAUGUCAAUGAGCGAUUUUCUAUCCAGCCCCAUAAUCAGAAGCUGUCUGACAUGUUCGGAAAACAUUGGAUCUUUCGCGCUGGGUAUGAUGGCGCCCAUGAUGCUUCUGGUGAAGGCGUCAUGAGACAGGUAUUAACAGAGGCCCUCAUGCUGUGCUUGAGCGAAUCCUAUGGAAUAACCCAGAUUCUUGAUAAACAUGGCUUUCAUGUUCUGUGCAUCCAUAACUUUCCCACACCUAGCGACAUUGAGUGUGCCUUUGCAUUGGGAGCUGUGUGCACUAUGAUGAUGAUACGUGGGCACAUUGCACCUGAUCCCAUCUCUCCUGCCUUACUCAUUGCUGCCUUCGCCGGUGUGGAAGCUCUUGCUGAUAAGUGUUGGGUCGGGGCAUUAUUUCCUGAUCAUUAUGAUGAUCUUGGUCUCCUUCCCUCCUCACCACGUGAUCUGACCUCUUCCACCAUUUCGGCCUCCCAAAGGACCUGCCUUCAACGCUUUAUACAGGGUACAAUUGAUUCAUCAGUAUCCCGGUUGGCACCUCUCAGCGAUGAGCAAUGGCCAGCGGUUGUUCUUUCCCUGCACACUAGCACAUUAUUAGGGAUCAAACCUGAGGCGCUUUCAAGUUCCCAGCUUUUCAAGGCUUUUCAGGCUGGCAUUGACAUUCAACUGAGCACAACGCACAAAUCAGUAAUUGAGAUGUUGAAAUUGUCCUCCAAGUGGCUCUUAUCACAUUGCUAUCAUUGGCGCAUCACUAAUGGAGAGCAAGUAAUAAGCCGUCUGGACUUUGUUGUAUGUGGUGAUCCCACGUUUGAAUCUGCAACCGCUCCUCCUUUAGUGGUGCAGCUCCGGUCUGUUUUCGAGCGCUAUUUCCGUGGCAUUGGACAUCCACCGCACCCUCAAAUGGCUGAUCUGGUCAAUGAGGCUCAACGGGACAUCGAUAAUGCUGACCCUGCCUAUCGUGCCUGCCACUUUGUGAAGCUUUUGAGCAGAGUUACCUUGCUGCCUCCACCAGGGCAAGAUUUCACUAUUUAUGUCCAUCAAACAAUCCCAGAGACCGUCUGCUUUGCUGGUCAAUAUCAUCGCAACGACGAUCUGUUGCCUCCAAGCAUACAUGCGUGCAACUACAGUAUGGAUGUGUGGUUCAACAGAAAGAUGAUGCAUAUUCUGGGUAAAUCACCUCUCAGUGAUAGCGAUAUUGCUGAAUUGGAGUUUAUGCUUCAUUGUGUCGUUUUUGACGCUGGUCAAGACAGCUUUACCUAA